AUGGUCGUUCUAAACACCUCCCUUUCCAACCUUGCAGCGUGUGUGCGCAGGAUGUCCUGUACAGCAGAUAUUGAGGACAGAUUUGGGCCUGUCGUGUCCAGCUCGUGCCUUAAUGGCUUCGAUUUUACCCUCCUUUUCGAGGAAGCCUUCCUCACUAUCGUGCCUCUAGUGAUAGCCAGUGCUUGGGCGACAUUGCGUGCAGCUGUACUUCGCAAUGAGCCGGUCAAGGUUCGCACGUCGUGGCUGUUGCCAUGUAAAUUGCUCUUUUACGCCAUCCACGAGGCUCUGCAGACCACGAUCCUGGCUCUUUGGGCAUCCGAUGGGCGAGCUCGGACACGUCUCUCGUUGGCAUGCGUCUCAUUAACCACGGCUGCAUACGCCUUCUUCGCUCUCGUUUCGUACGUCGAGCACAAACGCUCGGUGCGGCCUUCGACGAUGCUCAUCCUGUAUCUUGGUGUCACGCUCAUACUGGACUUGGCACGCACGAGGACGCUGUUCUUCACGGCACAAGGCCUAGCGGCCGCGCGAGUGAAUCUGGCAGCUCUGAUCGUGAAACUUGGCAUCUUUGUCCUGGAGAACAUUGAGAAGCGAUCAAUGGUAAAGAAAGCCUGGCAGGAGAUAAUAUCCCCGGAAGGCGCAAGUGGCGUCAUCAACCGCGCCACUUUCCUGUGGCUGAACACACUUGUGGUCCAGGGCUUCCGGACAUUACUCACGGUACAUGCAUUGCCUUCCCUUGACAAUGACAUCCUCGCAGCCUCUCGACCCUCCGAGCUGCUGAGUGAAUGGAAAAACGGUGAGUCGGUCUGGAUAUCGUCCUGGCACCAAGUCAUCGCGACACCUAUAGCUGACCUCAUCUCCACAGUCUCCCCCAAUGCCCACGAGCAUGGACUUCUAUGGCUGUUUGUGAAGCACUUCAAAUGGGCUACUUUGGCGGGCGUCCUGCCACGUCUGGCUUGUGCUGGCUUCACGUUCGCCCAGCCUUAUCUUGUGAAGAGUCUUCUCGACUUCACUGCCGACAUAAAUGCAUCAAACAGGAGCAGCACCGCGUACGCGCUUGUCGGCGCGUAUGCCAUUGCCUACGUGGGCCUUGCUUUGACGUACGCCGUCUAUCAGCACAAGACCUAUCGAUUACUUACCUUGUAUCGCGGAGCCCUCGUUGCCAUGAUUUUCGACAAAACGCUCCGAGUCGAGGCCUCCUCCGUCGAUGAUGCCGAAGCAGUGACCCUCAUGAGUGCAGAUAUUGAUCGGACUACUGGCAGCAUGCAUGUUGUCCACGAGCUAUACGCUAGCGUCAUCGAGGCUGGCAUUGCUUUUGGUUCUUGUACAACUUUCUUGGUGUCGCCAUGGUUCCGGCGGUGGCAUGGAUGGCUGUUUGCAGUCUGUGUCUUGGCCGCAGGCCCCAUUGCGAAGGCAUCGGGCAAUGCGCAGGUGCCUUGGCUUGAGGCCAUUGAGGACCGUCUAGCUUCCACGGCCAAAGCUCUGAGCUCCAUGAAGGCCAUCAAAAUGACUGGACUAGCCGAUCUCGUUGCCUCGUAUCUGGCUAACUCUAGGCUCGUAGAGAUCCGAGCUUCACGGCGGCAUCGAAUUCUGAACAUUUUCGUCUUCAUAUCCUCUAUUGCGCCAUACAGCGUUUGCCUCAUUGUCUAUGGCCCAGUAUGGGGAUUCCUAACGUACAUCCUGAUAGCAAAGACGAGUGCUCAAGAGAGAACAUUGACAGAAGGGGUUGCCUUCGGCGCCCUGAGUCUCUUCGAGCUUCUGCAGCAACCUGUUCAAUAUGCAGUCAAUGGCGUGGAAGAUGCGCAAAUUUUGAUAAACUCGUUUCGCCGCAUUCAGGCCUAUCUUGCAUCUCCAGAUCGACACGACUACAGGAGAGUGCUUCCAUCUACCUCAGCGUCGGUAGCUCUCGGCCACGAGGUGAACACUAUCAAGCCAUAUCAAGACGAGUUUGCCUUCGUCGUAAAGGAGGCCUCGGCGCGCUUCAACAACGAGAGCGAGCUUGCCUUGAGAAAUUUAUCAUUCAAGAUCCCACAUGGUCAAACAACCAUCAUUUACGGACGUGUCGGCUGUGGAAAGACUGCGCUACUCAAGCCGCUUCUGGGAGAACUUUCCAUCGCCUCAGGGUCAGUGGAAACGGCUUGCCAACAGUCAGCAUACUGCUCACAAAGCGCAUGGUGCAAUUGGGGCACCGUACGAGACAACAUCAUCGGCAUGUCUAGCUGGAAUGAGGAGUGGUAUCGUAUGGUGAUUACCGCGUGUGCUCUGUUGGCUGACAUAGAACAAUUGCCCAUGGGUGAUAACACUCACAUUGGAACUAAAGGUUCGCAGCUUAGCGGUGGGCAGAAAUCGCGGGUCUCACUUGCGCGGGCCAUCUAUUCUCGAAGUCCAAUCCUGCUACUCGACGGAAUAUUGCCGGGCCUGGAUCGAACAACGGAGCAAUAUAUACUGAGCGCCGUGUUCGGAGAUGCUGGCAUACUAGCUAGAAGCAAUACGACCGUGGUACUGGCCUCGUCGUCCGACCAUCACAUUCGUCUUGCAGACCAUCUGAUAGUGCUGAAUGCCGAUGGGACUAUGGCCAAGUAUGAUUCGCAGGAGAUGAUCGGCCAUAGCGACGACAAGCACUUGAGUCUCGGCAAUCCCGGGUCGCCAUCACCAGUGUGUCUCAGUGCACUUGAGCAGACUCACCACGAGAAGCAAGAUAUACACUUGGCUCAGGACCAUGAGCUUCAGGACUCUCGUAAGACUGGCGACAUGAAGGUCUAUACUUACUAUGCCCGUAUCGCAGGAUGGCCAAUGAUCACAGUGUAUCUAUUCGCCAGUGCGAUCUUAGUUUUUGGUGUGACAUUUCCCUCGGUGUGGCUACAGUGGCGGACCAACGCGAACGCCACGCAUCCUAACGAACGUAUUGGCUACUGGGUCGGCACGUUUGCAGCGUUAGGCGUCUUGACCUUGGUCGGAUGCGCAAUAGCAGAUUCGGCGUUCAAUCUGGCGGUUUUGCCUACGACGUCCAGGAGAUUUCACGAGAUAUUGCUGGAUACAACCAUGAACGCAUCUAUGGCUUUCCUCACAUCGACGGACACUGGAACUACGCUGAACCGCUUCAGUCAAGAUUUGGAAUUAAUUGACAACGAUCUACCUGAGGCCAUCAACCAAACAGUGUUCCAGCUCAUGUCCACUUUCGUCACUGCCGCAUUUGUGUUCUCAGGCUCUGGGUACAUUGCGGCUGCCAUCCCGGUUUGCUUCAUUCUGAUCACAUCAAUAGCACUGUUUUACUUGAGGACAUCCCGACAGAUGCGGCUUUUGGACAUCGAAGCCAAAGCACCUCUGUUUUCACUAUUCCUCGAGGUCGUUAGUGGCAUUGAAUCUAUUCGUGCGUACGGAUGGACUGCCUUAUAUAUCGAACAGAACCGCAAAGCUUUGGAUCUAUCGCAACGGCCAUACUACCUGCUCUUCUGCCUUCAAAGAUGGCUCACCCUGGUUUUGGACCUGUUCAACGCCAGCAUUGCCAUUGUGCUUGUAGCUAUUGCCACGAAUGUUCGCAAUGGUUCCACUGCGUUCCUGGGCGUGGCUCUUUUCAACAUAGUCAUAUUCUCGUCCACAAUACAGAGUCUGGUGACCGAGUGGACACAAGUCGAAGCAGCACUAGGGGCCAUCAAUAGAAUUCGCACAUACGAGCGCAGCGUUCAUAGCGAGCAUCUUCCCGGAGAGAAUAGCAGCUUACCACACGACUGGCCGAAACACGGUGCUAUCACAUUUGAAGGUCUUACAGCAUCGUACACUUCAUCAAAGAAGCCAACUUUGCAGAAUAUCAGCUUCCGUAUCGAGGCGGGGGCAAAAGUAGCCAUCUGCGGGCGAACAGGAAGCGGCAAAUCAUCUUUGAUCGCUACACUCCUCCGCACUAUCGAGAUCCAUUCCGGCACGAUAUCUAUAGACGGUAUGGACAUCGCCUCAAUACCCCGACGAGAAAUCCGAAGGAGACUAAAUACCCUACCUCAAGAGCCAUUCUUCCUGCCAGGAUCUGUGCGCACCAACAUGGAUCCACGCGGAGAAGCCACAGACGAGCGUUUGGGUGAAAUCUUACAGAAAGUCCACCUCUGGGAAGGGCAGUUCGAUGGACGUGAUGGCCUAGAUGGCGAUAUGAACGAGGGAAUACUUUCGCACGGACAACAGCAGCUUUUCUGUCUAGGUCGCGCUCUUGUGAAGCCUGGCAGUAUCACCAUCAUGGAUGAGGCGACUGGUAGUGUCGAUGAUGAGACGAGUGGCUUGAUGCAGGGCAUUCUUCGUGACGGCUUUCAAGGUCGUACGGUCGUUGCGGUGGUGCACAAGCUUCACGAAAUUCUCGAUUUCGAUCUAGUGGUGGUGCUGGAUCAAGGCCGGAUCAUUGAAACGGGUCGGCCGAGUUCGCUGUUGAGGCAAGAUGCCUCAGCGUUCAAGACCCUAUACGAGACGGCUGGCUAUAGUAAUUUGGGCACAUGA